AUGGGAAGAGAUAAAUCUCAAUUAGUUGGUCCAAAUGGUGAAACUUAUUAUCCGAUAUUAAAAUUUGAUUUAUAUAAUGAUCCUAAAAAGGAUGCUGAAGAACUUUAUGAAGCAAUGAAAGGAUGGAAUGAAUUAAGCAAUGAAACAAGCGGUCAUUUUAGAAAACUACUGAAAAUGCUUUUAACUGACUUAUAUGAAGUUGAUGCACGUGCACUGUACAAAGCAAUGAAAGGUGCAAGAACUGAUGAAGAGACAAUUAUUGAAGUUUUAUGUACAGCAACGAAUACUGAAAUUAAAUAUAUUAAAUCAGCUUAUCUAUCUGUAAAUACUUGUUUAAAUCGUCCGAAAGCUUAUUCUGAUUUAUUGGUGAAAGCAAUGAAAGGUAUCGGUACCGAUGAUUGUACACUAAUGCGUAUUAUUGUAACAAGAUGUGAGUUAGAUUUAGGAAGUAUUUGUAUAGAAUUUCAAAAAAGUCAAGAUAGUUCACUUGAAGAUUGGAUACGUAAUGAAGCAUCUGGUGAUUAUCAAUGA